CAGAUUCCAAGACACACGCCGCUAAUUCAUAGGUUUGUGAGAGAGAGAGAGAGACGGAGAGAGGAAUUGAAAAUAUUUUGCCGAAAAAUAAUGGAGGGGGACAAAGAAGACGGAGAAGGAGGAUUCGACAAUCCAAACCCUAACCCUAGUCAGAGCAAAGGAUCGAAAGGAAAGUCAUGCAAGGGAUGUCUCUACUACUCAUCGCUGCAAAAAUCCAAAUCCAAAAACCCCACCUGCGUUGGCUUCUCCAGAGCCCUCCAAGUACCCAAUUAUGUUGUAGGGGAAACUGAGCAUGAAGCUUCCAAAGAGGGCCGCAACCUUACAGAUUUCAGGUAUGGUUGUGUUGGUUACUCGGUGUACUUGGACAAGGACUCUUCAAGUGAUCAGCAGAAUAAACAAGCAGAAUUGCCGUUUUGUGUUGGUCUUGAGAUAUUAUUGGACAGAAGACCAGCAGAACAUGCUCCUGCUGAUGUUCAUGGAAGUGAAGAAGAUGCUCGUGCUUUACCUCAACCUCAAGCUCAACCCUACAAACCAGGUCAUCACGCAGGAGAUGAGUACCUGAACAGGUUUACUAGGAAUGCAGGACUAGUAGCAUCAGGUGUGGGCAAGAACCUGAAUAGAGUGUACAACUACAUAAAAGAGAGUCUUGAUGACAUAUUAUACCCUUAUCGAAGGCCACCUAAGUAGGCAUCAGGUGUGGGCAAGAACCUGAAUAGAGUGUACAACUACAUAAAAGAGGGAGUCUUGAUGACAUAUUAUACCCUUAUCGAAGGCCACCUAAGUAAUGUUGCUCCUUAAUUAUAGUUGCAAUGUAGAUUACUAAAUAUUUCCAGAUUUGUAUUGUCCAAUUUUUGCCAACAAUUUAACUUAAAUUGUUUUUUUCCUUAGUUUCUUGUAUGAAGUAAUAAACUAUUGUUGAGGAAAGUGGAUGGAUCUCUUUCCCCUUAAUUGUAACAAACAAUGUUAUGGUUUCACUAUAAAUUGCGUUUCUUAUAUGA